AUGAACACCAUAAGCAGCGACGGAAGUUCAAGUUACAGUGAGUUUAAUGGAAUGGAUAACUGGGAAAAAAUUGAUACCGCCGGGCCUGAUGAUGAUGUUUAUGAUCAUGAUGUUGAUAAUGGAAACGAUGAAGAAGGGGAUGAUGUUGAUAAGUUCAUUUUUGAUGCAAUUUUACGAGCUGUUGAAAUGAAGGAUCAAAUGGCAAUCUCUAUACAGAAUUUUGAAGACCUCUUAGACUGGGGAAAGAAACUGUAUUCCAGAAACAACAAUAGAGUUGAUGAGGCGAACACUAUCUGGCCUUCCAAAUGGGAUGAAGUAUGUUCUCUGCUUGAGACCAUUGGAUACAGCACCCCUCUUAGACUGGGGAAAGAAACUGUAUUCCAGAAACAACAAUAGAGUUGAUGAGGCGAACACUAUCUGGCCUUCCAAAUGGGAUGAAGUAUGUUCUCUACUUGAGACCAUUGGAUACAGCACCCCAAAACUGUACUGGGUAUGCUUAGACUCAAGCCACCCCUGUCAGUAUGGUUUGCUUCAAAAUAAAGAAGAAUGUUGCCCUUAUUGUGGAAAACAUGGAAACAUACCUUAUUAUUACCUAAGCAUCAUAAGCAAGGUUAAAAGGUGGUGUUCCUCUUCUUCAAUGUGCACGAAAAUGACUUCUCAUUGGCAACAAAGGGCCCACUGGUUGCCACCUGAUAAAAAAAUAGGCUGGGGUCAGGGCCUCAAAAAGGAGUUCUGGGAUGGAAAGCGUUUUGCUGAAUUGUCUUUUGGAAUGAGGAUGAAGAGUGGAUUCUCACUGUUAAGUGUCCACAACUUGACUGCAAGACUGUUAUUUCUGUUGAGGUUAUCACAAGCUCACCUAAACUUGCUGGUAGUGUUAAUGAGUGUGAAAUAG